AUGUCGAUCUACUUAAGCCACCCAAGAAAUAAUAAUGCAUUGCAUAAACAUUAUCAACACGAGACGAACGAAGAAAUUGAAUUGAAAAUUUUGAACGAGACGAUAAAUGUCGUUCAGCCUUCGUCGCGAGUGAAGCGAAGUAUUCAAAAUCAUCAUCGCUUGACUCCGCACGAACAACAAUUACAAAGACAUCACCAACGACAGUUACAACAUCAAUAUGAGGUUCAUCAACGAGAAUUACGUGAAAGAGAGAUAAGAGAAAGACAGAGACAAGCUCAAUCACGACCCAAUUAUAAUCAACCUCAAAGAGAUGCACGACGUUAUCAACAAAUGCAACAGCCACCUUCCCAGCAGCAGUACAACCAUCAGAGAUUUCACAAUCGGCAUGACUUCCACAACACAAUGUACAGAUCGCUACAUGAGAAAUCACAAGAAACUAAAGAAUAUACCAUUGAAGUAUUAGUAGCAGUAGAUAGAAAAAUGCAAGAGUACCAUGGCAAAAAUUUGAAGAAUUAUGUGUUGACAUUGAUGUCAGUUGUAUCAAGCAUUUAUGCUGAUGCAAGCAUCGGUAACUCAAUAAAGAUUGCUGUAGUGCAUAUAAUGUACAUUGAGAAAGAUUUAGUCGAAGAUGCGAGUUCUGGUAACGGCGUUUCAGCGUCAGGUAUGCUGCUGAAGUUUUGUCAUUUGAAGCAAACACACAACUUUCCUCAUGAUACCGCUUUAUUAUUAACGAGGGAACAAAUUUGUCGUAGCGCUAAUCAAAGAAAAUGUGAUACAUUAGGUUUAGCUGAGUUAGGUACAAUGUGCAAGCCACAAUCUUGUGCUAUUGUUCAAGAUAAUGGCUUUUCUGCCGCCUUCACAAUCGCCCAUGAGUUGGGCCAUGUAUUGAAUAUGCCACACGAUGAUGAUAAACGCUGUGAAAACUUUCGCGUUAAUGGAACACAAAAGCAGAACAUCAUGUCCCGUAUGUUGGAUCACAACACUCAUCCAUGGUCGUGGUCUAAUUGUUCACGACACCACGCUACUGAAUUUUUGGAUCGUGGUCAGUGCUCCUGUUUGUUGGAUAAGCCACAACGCGAUAUGAUCGAGUCGAACGGUAACACAAUGUUAGCAGGUGAGAAAUUCACCGAUGAUCAGCAGUGUGAGCUUGUAUUUGGACCCGGGGCACGCAUCUGUUCAUACAUGCCGAAGUGUAGUCGUUUAUGGUGUAGUCAGAAUCAUAAGGAAGACAAUGGCUGUCGCACCCAGCACAUGCCAUGGGCUGAUGGAACAAAAUGUGGCGACGGUGAAUGGUGUCAGAAAGGUGAAUGUGUGACACGCAAUCGUUCAGCUUUGGCACCAAUCCACGGUAAUUGGGGACCAUGGAGCGAAUUUGGAGAAUGUUCAAGAAGUUGCGGGGGAGGUGUUCAAUCAGCUGUCAGAAAUUGCGACAAUCCGCCGCCAACAAAUGGUGGAAAAUAUUGUCAUGGUCAAAAGAUACAACAUCGGUCAUGUAAUAUUCAAGAUUGUCCAGACGAAAGCUUUGAUUUUCGUGCUGAACAAUGCAGUCGUUUCGACAACAAUAGCUUUAACAUGGCUACUUUGGACAAUGCAAAGUGGAUGCCGAAAUAUGGUUUGGACAGUAAAGACGAGUGUCGACUUUUCUGUCGUCUUGAACAAACAUCGACAUAUUUUGCACUUGCAAAUCAUGUAAUUGAUGGAACGCCUUGUUCGUACCAUACGUUUGACAAAUGUAUUAAUGGUGCAUGCGUUCCAGCCGGGUGUGACAAUGAACUUUAUUCAACAGCUGAACUUGACAUGUGCGGUGUUUGCAAAGGACGAAAUGAAACAUGUGAAAACUAUUUUGGGAAUUUAACUUACCACCAAUUUCGAAAGCAAGUUAAUUAUCAAAACAAUUAUUUUAUUUACCCAGUGGUGACAAUUCCAAAAGGUGCUACAAAUAUUAAAAUCAUUCAACCCGGCAACAAUCAACAGAAUCAUAUUGCUUUGCGUGAUGAUCACGAUGAAUACAUUCUCAACCACUUCCGUAAUGUAGAGCUCUCAAAAACGAUUUAUUAUGGUGGAAUAACUUUUAAUUACAAUGGCGAUCACGAAACUAAUUUAAUAGAAGAAGUUAAUUCAACCUACGCUCGUCAGUUAAAGCGUGAGCUCAAAGUUGAUCUCUUGUCGUUUGCCUUACCAUCGCCAAACGAAGAAUUUGUGAUAACGUAUACCUACACGCGAUCAGAUUCUAAUAAAGUUGUGCUUUCAAAUCACAUAAAUAAUAACUACAACAAUUACAAUGACCACCCAACAUCAAAGAAACAAUAUGUAUGGCAAAUGCAAGAUUGGAGUAACUGCAGUAGUUUGUGUCAAGGAAAACAAAUUCGCAAAGCUUCGUGUACUGAAAUCAACAUGAAAAUGGCUGUUCCUGAUAGUUUAUGUCGAAAUACUGCUAAGCCUUAUGAUGACUAUAAGGAAUGUAAUACCGAUUGUCGAUUGGGAUGGGAAGCCUUCAAAUCGGAAUGUUCAGUGACGUGUGGCGAUGGAAACAGGACAAUCAAAUACGAAUGUGUUCAACGAUAUACUCGACAAACUGAACAUUCAAAGAUUGUCGACAGAUCUUAUUGUCCAACACGAUAUGAAACAACAGUUUACGAACCAUGUUCACAACAUUGCAAUGAAGUUCUUUGGGACUAUAGUGAUUGGAGUCCGUGUUCACGAACAUGCGAAGGUGGUAAACAAAGUCGAACAUACAUGUGCUUAUCAGAUCCGGUUCAUCAACGACAAGUCAAUGAGAAAUAUUGUACUCAUUUAAGGCGAGAAGAACUAAUUCGACAUUGCAAUCAAAAUGUUAGUUGUGCUGUUUAUGCAUAUGGAGAAGAGUCACCCUGUUCCGUAUCAUGUGGAAUAGGUCAACGAGUGACCGUAAUUUAUUGCAAGCAAAAUAACGAAGUUGUUAAUCCUUCACUCUGUGGCGCAAGUCCACGACCUAAAGAUAUCAUUAAGUCGUGUGUUAUGCCGCCAUGUGAUUCUGUGAGUAAGGCUCAGACAACAUCUUAUUCAGAUGUAGUGGCAGCCCGAAACAGAAUUGGCGUCCCACGCACACCGGACAUCACUUCAAAAGUUAAUAACAACAUUAACUUUGUUGAACCGACUCCCGCGCCCUCAAAGUAUGAAUGGAGAACGGGCCGAUGGGGAGAAUGUUCUGUGACGUGUGGCGAGAAAGGUGGUAAAAAGAUUCGCAGCGUUCGUUGCAUUGAUCCACAAGCUAACUACGAACUUGUCGAUGAUCACUAUUGUGAUCAAUCUUUGAAGCCUGUUAAUGUUACUAACUGCAACGAAUUCCGGUGCCCACAAUGGAAUUGGGGCAAAUGGAGCAAGUGUACUAACGAGUGUAGACGCGAGCGUCAAGUUGUAUGCCAAGAUCAUCGUGGUAAAAGUAGUGAUCAGUGUCCACUUGAAAUGGAGCCGCAUAAGUCCGAAGCUUGUUGUCACUUUAGAUGGAGAGCUAUGUGGAAACCAUGUUCAGCAAAAUGUGGAGUUGGAACGAGACUAAAGGAACCAGUUUGUAUGCGACUUUAUCCACGAUCGCAAGAAAACCCUCAUCCAAUUAAGAAUGGAACUCGUGUUGAUCCCAAAUAUUGUAUGCAUUUACCGAUGCCGAAAUAUGAGAAAACGAAGAAAGCUUGCAGAAGUAAAGUUCCUUGUUUGCAUUCAUUCCGAUGGGUUGUUGGCUCUUGGUCAAAAUGUUCGAGCGGAUGCGGAACUGGCUAUUCAACCAGAAACGUUACUUGCACAAAUGGACAUAUUGAAUCACCAAGUGAAUGCACCGAUCCACGACCUAUAAAAUAUAAGCAAUGUGAAAAUAAAAAUCAUUGUCGUUGGCGUUAUGGAAAAUGGAAGAAUUGCACAUGUGCUGGUUAUCAGAAACGUCGAAUCACUUGUUGGGAUGGACAUAAAAAUACUGCAGCAAAUAGUUGUCCGGCUGGAGAUAAACCACCUUCAAGACAACGUUGCAGUGCACCACCGAACUGUUCAUGUAAAAGUAUUCAACAUUACAAACGAACUCGCAAUGAUGGAGAAUAUAAAAUCAAUAUCCGAGGGCGUGAAGUUGAGAUUUAUUGUCACAAUAUGAAUUCCGAUGAUCCAAAAGAAUACGUCACGUUAAGGAAAGGAAGUCAUGAGAAUUAUGCUUUGUUUUACAGCAAACGAUCACUUGACAUGUCGAGAUGUGAGUAUGGGAAGGGCGUUCAUGAUGAGUCUAUUCAUUAUGGCACGACAAGAUUCAAUAAAGUUCGCUUAAAUAUUAAUACACUUCAAAUUGUGGACGAUGAUUAUGAGUUUUCGCAUACCGUUGGAAGACCACAAAAGUUCGCCACGGGCGGAGAUUGUUACAGCAACACUGGGUCGUGUCCACAAGGUGACUUCUUUGUAAAUUUGGAAGGAACCGGUUUCAGGAUACGACCGUCAAUGUCGUGGGAAGCCAAUGGGACAAAUUCAACGAUAGAAUAUCAAAUUAGGCUUGAGAAGCCUUACCAGAAAGUGAGGGCACGGUGUGGCGGUUAUUGUGGAUCGUGUCGACCGAGAUAUCGAAAUCAAGAACAAGCCAUCUUCCUUGAUAUUCUAUGAAAUUAAAACAAAAAAACAUAAACAAAGUCAGUGCUUGAGAAUGAGCGAUUAGGAUUUUAACAAAUUAUGAAUUUCUUUUGAUUAUUUAAGCUGAUUUCAAUAUUUUUGUGAAAGCAAAAAAUAGUCAUGACGAGAAAUGUUUUUGGAGAAUUGGAGAAAGAACUUUAUCUUAAGCAUUUUCAAUUGUGCCUUAAAUAAUUGAAAUUGAUCUCUACCAAAAAAAAAAAAAAAGAUUAAAAAGAA